AUGUGGAAACCUUCAGCAUCGGUUCAGCCACAAAGAUUAAAUCGAGCAAACAAUAGUACAAGAAACACACCAGUUGCAACAAGGGAUUACAGGCCACUUGCCUUAGGUUCAAAAAAUACUCAGCGAUGCAUACACAUCACACGAUUGCAUCCUAAAACAACUGAGCAAACUAUCCAAGUUGUGUUUUCACAAUUUGGACAUAUUGAAAAAAUUAAGCUUGGGAAGGGAACUCCUGUGUUAGGUGCUGAAGCUUUAUUAACCUAUAGUCAGCCACCAGAGUCAAACGCGCUUCUACGGACACAGAUUACAGUAGAUGGUUUUCCCGUUAAUAUAGCUUUUCGCGAUCUAGAUGAAUAUGUUCAGAAUACUCCACCAGAAGAAGAACACCAACGCUGCAAAAUACCCGUUAGUUGUUUUUCUAUGGGGUUUUUGCGGUCACCAAAGACCUUUAUGACUGAAUGGAGCACCAUAGACAAUCCUGAUUUUGUAAUUGACUAUGACCACAACCAAUGUGAGAUUCACUUUUUUAGUGUUGGUAACCAAUAUAAGCUGGAGUUUGGUUUCAAAGAUUUAGCCAACGACUUCAACUUUGAAUACACGAACAACAGUGCCUUCUUCACUAUUCCUCUCAAAACCCCACCUAAAUUCUGGAAGAAAUCGGGGGAUUUUUCUGUCAAAGAUACAAAUGAAGAAUCUGGGUGGGUGCGAGUUGUUGAGAUCCCUAUGUCAGCUCCACGACCUGGCCCUCCUAUAAGAACCCCAAUAACACCCAUGGUACCCGAUGGAUACAUGAAGUUAAAUACGUGGGUUGUCUAUAGAGUAGAAAUCAACCCACCACCAGACUACUACCGUGAUUUCCAAGACAUCCUUCAAACUGCAGUCAGCUACCGCCUCAUUCAAUUAGAGUACAUAUCUACGUUUCAUGUGUUUGAUGCUUCAGACUUUCCUAUCCCACUGAAUCACAAUGAUCGCGCCAAACGCUUACCAUUUGAUAUGCUAUAUCUACUUGAAAGCAGUCUUCUGUCACGCCAAAUGGAUGAGCACAGUCUAGAUAAAGAGUUCUAUGAUACUCUUACCAAUCUCGAUCCAGCGGUUGCAUCAGGUAUUCUGACCUUACUUGUUCAGGAAAGAAAACGAGUAUGGAAUCCUGCCACUGCCUUUCAAGAUAUGUGGAAAAACGAAGAUAUCAGGAUCUUUCACCAACAGAAGAUUCCCAGUCAUUGUGGCAUGGUUCGCAAGGUUCUUGUCGCACCUACAGGACUCUACCUAGAACCACCAAUUGUAGAAACCACCAACCGUGUUAUUCGACAUUUCUCAGAACAUGCUGAUCGCUUUCUUCGCGUUAAUUUUGUGGAUGAAGAUUUUGGUCCUGUUGGGACCUUAUCUUCAGGUAUAAACAAUGAGGCAUUGUAUUCAAGAAUAUUCAAGACCUUGAUAAAUGGCAUAAAAAUUGGUCCGCGACGCUUUGACUUUCUUGCUUAUUCUAAAUCCCAAUUACUUGAGCAUGGAUGUUGGUUCUUCGCACCCACGCAGAAUCUCACAACCACCAUGAUUCGAGACUGGAUGGGAGACUUCUCUGAUGAAAAAGUCAUUGCAAGCUAUGGAAACAUGAUGGGACAGUGUUUAUCCUCGACGUAUCCCAUCACACCUAUGGAAGGUAAAGAAGUGGACUACAUAGAUGAUCUUAUACGAGGCAACAAUCUAUUUUCGGAUGGUGUUGGAAAAGUAUCACCGAAACUAGCCAGGGAAAUAAGUAGUAAACUUGAUUUAAAACGGAUACCUAGUGCUUUCGAAUUUAGACUCGGUGGUGCCAAAGGUGUCUUGUGUCUGUCCAACUAUUUAAACGGCAGGAAAAUCAAUCUGCGCCCUAGCCAAAUCAAGUUUGAAUCUAGGUCCAAUAUGUUGGAGAUCACACGAGCAUCAAAGUUCCUCCCGGCCUACUUGAACCAGCAAACUAUCACAUUAUUAUCAUCUCUUCGAAUAGAUGACAGCGUAUUUAUGACAAUGUUCGAUAAGAUGGUGAACCAACUCAGCAGGAUGCUAGAAACACCUUUAGAGGCUAUCAAUGCCUUGACAACGAGUAUAGAUGAUCAUAGUACCGUCUUGUCUAUGGCUCGUAUGGUUGAAUCUGGUUUCUUGCUGACAAAGGAUCCUUACCUUGUAAACAUGAUACAUCUAUUCCGCGCCAGCAUUCUUAAAAAUCUCAAGAAAAACGCAAAGAUCAUAGUUCCCGAAGGUGGCUUUUUAAUGGGUGUACUUGAUGAGACUAACACGCUGGGUGAAAAUGAAGUAUUUAUCCAAAUAUCCAAUCCCUUGUCUGGUACUGCCAGGCGCAUCAUUAAAGGAGAGACUCUUAUAUAUCGGGAUCCAUGCUUCAAUGUAAACCAAAUGCGUGUGGUGACAGCAGUAGAUAGUCCACAAUUGCAUCACAUCUACAAUGUAAUCGUGUUCUCUUCCAAGGGCUAUAGGAGUAUACCUAGCAUAUGUUCAGGAGGAAGUCUGGGCGGCGAUAACUAUAUGGCUAUAUGGGAUCUGAAACUCAUGCCAAAAGGCAACUAUCCCCCUAUAAAACUUGCCGGAAAAGCGCCUAUUGAGGUGGAAAAAAUCAAUGUACUUCAUGUUGAAAAAUUCUUCGUCUCAUUUGUCAGCAAUGAUAAUCUUGACCAGAUUAUUGAAGCACAUACAGCUAUUGCAGAUCAAUCAAAGCUUGGUGCAUUGGAUGGACAUUGCUCGCGUCUUGCGGAACUUCACUCACAAGCUGCUGAAUUUGCGAAUACUGGAAGAUCGGCAGAGUUUCCUUUAGACCUUCGUGUUAAGAAGUUCCCAGAUUUUAUGCAAAAGAAAGACAAGGAAUCGUACGCCUCCACGAAAAUCUUAGGCAAUAUCUUUAGAGCAAUUGAUCCAUCGUAUUACAAACAGUAUCGGUCUUUCUUGACAGACAAUGCAACUUACGACAAUCGCCUUUGGAUGCCUGGAAUGGAACCAUAUAUUGCAGAAGCCAGAGAGCUAAAGAUAGUCUAUACAAAUGAUGUGAUGGCUUUGAUGAGUCAGUAUGGUGUUCAGACUGAAUCUGAACUUAUGUCUGGGUUUGUCAUAAAAUGGCUCAAAAAAGGUGAUGUUAAAAGUAAAGCCAGACUUGGAAAACAGGUUAUGGCUGCUGUUAAGAGUAUGUGUAAACUGUGGAAAAGGCGAUUUGAGCUAGAGUUUACCGAAAACGCUGCGGAUUUUGAGACACGCCAGAUCAAAGAGAAUGCAAUGAAUACCAAAGCAGCAGCAUGGUAUUAUGUUACGUAUCAUCCACAAGAACGGUCUCAACCAUCUCCACAUGGUGUUUUUUUCAGUUUUCCGUGGGUUGUUAAAGAUAAACUCUGUUCUAUUGCCACAAGUUAUCAAGAAGGUGCUGGCCAAGGUGAAAUCAAGCCAUUAGACGAGUCUCUUGUCAAGAACUACAAGAAAAACAGUACGAUAAAUGUUAGCCUUGAAAUGUUUUACUCGGCUAGUGAAUCGGAAGAAGAGGACGGCUCAGACGAAGAAAGCGAGGAUGAAGGGUGGGGUCAAGACGUUCCAACAGUGAAUAUUAGGAUUAGCGAUUUACGUAUUUAA